AUGCUCGAAUACUGGACGAAAUACAAUAAAUCAACAGCAGCAAAUCUUGAGGAAGACAUCUAUGACUGGAUUCACACAGGAAAUGUCGGCAAACUUGAAGAACUUGUACUUACUGGCUAUGGCGAUCUGUUGCUGGGCAGAAACCACGAGGUAGAAGACGCGGAUAGCAUCGGUUUCUUGGAGGUGUUGCCACAGUACCAGGCCAAAGUUCAAGCAAUUCACAAGGCUGUCGAAACCGGCAAUCUCCGGGCCGUACGCUUGCUGACUGAUCGAAAGAAGCUUGCUCUGUGCCGUGACUCCAGAGGGUUGAGCCCUCUACACAAGAAGAAACGGACACCUCUGCACUAUGCUGCCGCUUAUCGAGAUGGUGGGUAUCUCUACAAAAUGAUGCGGAAAAGCGGAGCAGAUCCGAAUAUAUACGACUGUAACGGUCGUCCAGCCAAGUACUAUUUGAAGCACAUCGGCGAGAUCGACCUUUCCGCUAUGAGACUUGACACGAAAGCCGCGCUAAAGCAGGAUGUGGCGAUCUUUCUACAAACAGAAAACGCUACCACCGCAGAGAACAGCCACUUCUUCCUCGAAAUCUAUACCUGCUACAUGAGUAAAAUCGAAGGAAUUCAUCGAGCUAUAAAAGAAGGAGACCUGGAGAAGGUGAAGUCGCUCAUGUCGUCAAAGAAGUUAGCAAUAGCCAGAGACCGAUUCGGCUGCACUCCGCUGCAUGCAGCUGUGGUACAUGAGCACACUGAGAUUGUCCGCUUUAUCGCCGGUCAUUUCCCGUCAGUACUGAACGCACCUGACUACAAUAAACGUACACCCAUGCACUAUGCUGCUGCAGCUCGCGAUGGUGGCCAUUAUCUGAAGAUCCUGGGCAAAGCUGGAGCGGAUCCCAUGGCUGUGGAUAAUGAAGGUCGUACACCGGAUUACUACCGAAGGAAUGCCGUCAUCGACUUGAAGAUGAUCAAGGAUCGGGAUGAAGAGUAUGAGGGGAUGAGUGAAGAGUUGUUGGAUGAAGGACCGUUGCUGGAGAGUCCUGGCAGUGGCGAAAGCGGAUCGGAAGGCUCACCAGUGGAUUCCGCCCGCCUCAACGAUGAGGACGAUGAUACGGAACGGAAUCGUUUUGAGCGGAUGGUGCUUGGUCGCACCGAUAUGCCAACCUCACCAGUGGAUUCCGCCCGCCUCAACGAUGAGGACGAUGAUACGGAACGGAAUCGUUUUGAGCGGAUGGUGCUUGGUCGCACCGAUAUGCCAACGUCGGAGAAUGGCAUCUACCUGGCACGCACUGUGGCACCAGUGCUCACAAAAGCGCUCGCCGAGGUGCUUCUGCGCCGUCCAGCCGACCCCAUAGGCUUCAUUUCGGAUUAUCUGCAAAAGUAUCAUGGAGAACUCGCUCAUCGAUCAAAUGGAAAGUUGAAAUGA